AGCGCCGCCUGAGUGAGCAGUUAUUGACGGCGGCCCAGCGGCCCCGCGCCUCCCGGCCCGUGUCCCGUGUCCCGCGUUCCCCAGGGGUGAUCCCCGCAAGAGCGAUCCCGGGAAGGGCAGCCUCAGCCCCGCUGCGCAGGCACCCUCUUGGCCAGCCCCGCGAGGCCCUCGAGCGUGGUGGUUGCCACGGAGACGGGCGGCGCAUCCCGGUGACCACUGAAAGCCCUGCUCAGAGGAAUUAGGGCAAGAACACAGAGACUAAACAAAUGGAAAAAAUCACUCAUCUGGAGGCUCUGAUGUUUAGUGCUGUGCUGGAGAACUGUGUGGAUCAACUUACAAUUCUUGGAUAUAUCAUGCAAGUUCCACAUGAGGACAAGAAUAAAAUUAUAAAAAGGAUCCAGGAGGAGCUGGAUAUUAACUCCCCAGAGCUUAUGUCAGCAAAGCAAGAGAGUGGGGAAACAGUUACCUCCACAGCCCUGAAAAACACUGAACAGCAGCAGCAGGAGAAAACUGAAGAUCAGAAAAGCACUCAGCAUUCCUCCAAAAGCUCCAAGAAACGCACCACUCAGGCUGCAAAGAAGCUAAAAAAAAAAUAUGCUGACAGGCAGUAUGCAAGUGAUAUAAUUACAGUCACUAUUAAAAAUAUGGAGGAAUUGGGAACAUUUAGUAGCCUAACAGAUGCUAAUGAGAGAGAGAAGGCAAAAAAGAACAAGUUUUAUGACAUCGUCAUCAGGGAGGAAAAAGGAAAGAAGGAGAUAAAGGCACUCCAGAAACAGCUGCAAGAUGUCAAGAAACAAACUGAUGAAGACCUUCAGAACCGAGAUGAGGCCAUUGACCGCCUCAAAGAUAAGCUUCAAGAGAGCAUGGCCAAAUGGAACACAGAGAGCUACUACAUGAAGAAAAGCACAGAUCUCCAGAUCCACUUAACCCAGAGAAAGUGCAGCAAUGCAGAGAUUGCCCUGGAGAAGGAAAUUCAGAAUUUGAAGAGCAAAACUGAUGAGGAGAUUCAACUCCACACGGAGACUGAAAAUUUCCUCUCCCAACAAUAUGAGAAGGUGAAAGAGAAGCUGGAAUACUGGAUGGAGAAGUAUGAAACAGACACUGCUGCAAAAGAUGAAGAAAUAGAUGAUCUAAAAGCAUUAAAGGCAGAGAACUUGGAAACUAUGCAGCAAUUUGCCAAAGAGUGCCUGCUAUUCCAGACAACCAUCAUCAUUGACCGGACAGACAAGGAGAACAAGAGAAAACAAAGAGAGCAGGAAGCCCUGGAGCAGAAGAGUGCCCUGAAGGUGCAGGCCUGGUGGAAAGGUACAAUGGUGCGCAGAUUCAUUGGCCCUUACCAGGAGCUCGAGAAGUAUCUGAAGGGACAGUCAACAGAGAAAGAAGGAGGCAAGAAAAAAUCUGGAGCAAAGAGAUAAGUAAAGAAAGUGGCCACAGAUGUGCUCCAGGACUGUUGCUGGCCAGUGCACUGUGGUAUGUCCAACAGGACAAAAUAAACUAUGUAACAGCUUGGGCAAUUCUGGAGAACACAGUUGCUGCAGACACAGUUAUGGUGAAGCUGCACUAAAGAUCUUAAAGCUGCC